AUGCCUCAGAGAAGGUCAGUAUUGGGCACUGGGCUUCCAGAAAGAGAGAGAGAGAGAGAGAGAGAGAGAGAGAGAGAGAGAGAGAGAGAGAGAGAGAGAGAGAGAGAGAGAGAGAGAGAGAGAGAGAGAGAGAGAGAGAGAGAGAGAGAGAGAGAGAGAGGGCUUAGAGCGAUCUGGACAGUCGUCGGCGCAACCUUGCCCGACUCCACCCGCUGCAGAGAGCCCACCCGCCCGCUCGCCCCCUCUGCGCCUGCGCUCAAGCUCCCGCGCACGGCGCAAUGUCCGCGGGUCCUCCGCGGGCUGCCGCGUUCCCCCAAAUACGCCCUUCCCCAGGGCGAGCUCGCCCAUUUCGACUCCGCCGAGCGCGGCUGGUACCCGUCGAAGCUCAGGCACCGCGGCACGCCCGUCGGCCCUUGCUGA